UAACACAGCUGUUAUUUGUUAACCUUAAAUAAAAGGUUUUAACCUUUUUAAUUAUAUAAGAACAAUUUAAAAAUAAAACAAUGAUAUCAAAACGACUUCUACAUAUAGCGCAAUUAAGCGCAGUAGGAUUAGCUGGUUAUUUUGUGGGAUAUAAAGGAAAGAAUAAAAACGAUGAAUCCCUAGUAAACGGAAAAACAUUACGAAGUUUACCUGCAUUACCAAUAUUUGGGACUGUAUCUGCUGCAGUACCGUAUACAGAAGGAGGUGGAGCGAAAGAAAGGAUUUCAGAAAUAAUGAAAUAUGGGUUCCCGGGUCUGGACAAUGUGCGCUCGUAUGAUGAUUUCGUGCUCUCCUAUGAUCGUCGCACGCGGGUUCCUCAUUGGGUGUUUGAGCACAUAACCAAGGAUCAUGUAAGCAAGAAUGAUGCUGUGGAUAGAAGCAAAUGUGACUUCAAGCCUGAUGAGAGCAUUCAUCCGUUCUUUAGGUCACAGAACAGUGACUAUAAGGGAUCGGGAUUUGACCGUGGCCACAUGGCUGCGGCUGGUAACCAUCGUCUAGCACAGAGGCAUGUUGACCAGACAUUCUUCUUGACUAAUAUGGCCCCACAGGUGGGUCAAGGUUUCAAUAGAGAUUCAUGGAAUAGACUGGAAAAACAUGUAAGGAAGCUGACAAAAGUGUAUGAUAAUGUUUAUUGCUGUACUGGUCCAUUAUACUUACCCAGGAGAGAGGCAGACGGCAAAUCAUAUGUAAAGUAUCAAGUGAUAGGUGCAAACACAGUAGCCGUUCCCACACAUUUCUACAAAGUUGUAGUGUGUGAGGCUCCAGACGGCAGCUUGCAUAUGGAGUCCUAUGUUAUGCCUAAUCAGAAGCUAUCUGAUGAGACUCCUGUGUCCUCAUAUAUGGUGCCACCAGAGACAAUAGAAAAAGCGGCCGGACUUUUAUUCUUUGACAAAAUACAUAGAAGUAAAUUGACGACGAUUAACGGGAAAAAAGUGUAAAUGCAUAGUGCAAUUUUAUUAUUUUAAUUAACUAGUUAUAAUAGUGUAAAUAGAUUUAUUAUUGAUGAUCUUUAUUGUGAAUAUUAUAUG